AGAGAAGAGUCCGCAAAGAGAGCGCAGAGAGAGUGGAGGGUGUGAAAGAGGGCUUGAACAGCUCGGUGAUGGGACGUAUGGACCACUGCUUCUGUUGCUGUUGUGUGUGACUUGAGAGUGUAUGAAGAAGCUGUUUGGAUACCUGUUUGCUGCUUUUACGUGUGCCGAGGACAGCAAGGCUGAUGAAUAACCUGCUGAGUAACUUUUUAAACAGAGGCUUUAUAUGUAACAGUCAUGGACUGUGUGGUGUAUUGCUCUGUGUGUGAGGUGAAUGUGUGUGAGGAUGCUUGUUUUGUUGUAACCGGUAAAUUCAUUCAAUCUAUUUGAAGUGAUACAGUCUGUGAUCUCAGUGACCUUUGUGUAUGAGAGGUGUGUAUGCAUGCUAUACUGUGUGGUUAUCACUAAUGCUGCAGACUUGUAUGUAGUGUGUGAUGUUAAUACUGAAGUAUGGCUCAGUGUGUGAACAUGUGUUGCUAACACUCUGGGUGUGUUCCAGUCGAUUUAGUUUCUGUGUUUGUGGCUGCGUAUGUGAUGGUAUGUGCCGCGUAGUGGGUGCAUGAGUGUGUAUGUGUGCGAUGUACCGGCGUUCACCCUGUGCCAGAACAAGGGUUCAUUUUGACUUCAGUGAGGAAGUCAUCAGGAAACUCCACGCCGCCAACCAUGGCCAUGCUCCCAGUUUUGAUGUGGAGAAUGGCCCGUCCGCCAGCUGCAGCCCUCUGGACCCCCAGGCCUCCCCCGGCUCUGGUCUGGUCCUUCACACGAACUUCCCCGGUCAUAACCAGCGCCGAGAGUCCUUCCUCUACCGCUCUGACAGCGACUACGAUCUGUCACCCAAGUCCAUGUCACGAAACUCCUCCAUUGCCUCUGAACUACACGGUGAUGACCUGAUUGUAACGCCUUUUGCUCAGGUUCUGGCAAGCCUUCGUAGUGUGAGGAAUAACUUCACUGCACUGACCAAUGUCCAGUGUGCCUCCAGCAAGAGGUCUCCUGCAGCAACCACUCAGCCUCCAAUCACCAGAGUUUGUCUCCCAGAUGAGGCGUACCAGAAGCUGGCCAUGGAGACGAUGGAGGAGUUGGACUGGUGUCUGGACCAGCUGGAGACCAUCCAGACCUAUCGCUCUGUCAGCGACAUGGCCUCUAACAAGUUCAAGAGAAUGUUGAAUCGGGAGUUGACGCACCUAUCUGAGAUGAGUCGGUCUGGGAAUCAGGUUUCUGAAUUCAUCUCCAACACCUUCCUAGACAAACAGAACGAUGUGGAGAUCCCGUCGCCGACAUCCAAGGCGCGAGAGAAGAAGAAGCAGCAGAAGCAGCAGCUGAUGACACAGAUCAGUGGAGUCAAGAAGGUCUCCCAUGGGCCCUCGCUCUCCGGCAGCAGUAUCUCGCGCUUCGGUGUCAAGACCGACAAGGAGGAGCUGCUGUCCAAGGAGCUGGAGGACCUCAACAAGUGGGGUCUGAACAUCUUCACUGUUUCGGAGUACUCCCACAACCGGCCUCUGACCUGCAUCAUGUACGCCAUCUUCCAGGAGCGAGACCUGUUAAAGACAUUCAAGAUCCCCAUGGAUACUUUCGUGGCCUACAUGAUGACAUUGGAAGAUCACUACCAUUCAGAUGUGGCCUAUCAUAACAGCCUGCAUGCUGCUGACGUCGCCCAGUCCACACACAUCCUGCUCUCCACUCCGGCCCUGGAUGCGGUCUUCACAGAUCUUGAGAUCCUAGCAGCCAUCUUUGCUGCAGCUAUCCAUGAUGUUGACCAUCCUGGAGUAUCAAACCAAUUCCUAAUCAAUACCAACUCUGAGCUGGCGCUGAUGUACAACGAUGAGUCUGUGCUGGAGAACCAUCACUUAGCUGUGGGAUUCAAGUUACUACAGGAAGACAACUGUGACAUCUUCCAGAACAUCCCUAAGAAGCAGAGGCAGUCCCUCCGCAAGAUGGUCAUCGACAUGGUUUUGGCCACGGACAUGUCCAAACACAUGAGUCUGCUGGCUGAUCUGAAGACCAUGGUGGAGACCAAGAAGGUGACGAGCUCUGGAGUGCUGCUGCUGGACAAUUACACCGACAGGAUACAGGUGCUGCGUAACAUGGUGCACUGUGCUGACCUGAGUAACCCCACCAAGUCCCUGGAGCUGUAUCGUCAGUGGACUGAUCGGAUAAUGGACGAGUUCUUCCACCAGGGAGAUAGAGAGAGGGAGAGGGGAAUGGAGAUCAGCCCUAUGUGUGAUAAACACACAGCAUCAGUGGAGAAGAGCCAGGUGGGUUUCAUCGACUACAUCGUGCACCCUCUGUGGGAGACCUGGGCCGAUCUGGUUCACCCUGACGCCCAGGACAUCCUGGACACGCUGGAGGACAACCGGAACUGGUACCAAAGCAUGAUCCCCCAGAGUCCCUCCCCACCCUUCUACGACCAGGGCAUGCACGGACACGGCGGAGGGACUGGAGGGCAGGGAGGCGGGGAAAAGUUUCAGUUUGAGCUCACCUUGGAGGAGGAGGACUUGAAUGGAAUAGAGAAAGACUGCGAAGGCGAGGAAGAUGACGAGGAAGACUUAGAAGAGGAGGAGGACAGUCUCGGAGAUUCUCGGUCUCCUCCCCUGGACUAUUUGGACAGUCAGGAGCUCGAUGAAGGCCACAUGAUGGAGCCAGCAAUCGAGAUCGUGACACACGAGGCGUCGCCCACAGACACUUAGGGCUUCCAUCAUCAGGCUCACAUGGUGAUUUGAAAGUUUUUGGCAAAAGAGGGGAAAUCCUCUUGCAGCUGUGAUUUUUAAUAAGCCCACAGAAGCAAGGGCUUAGUUAGGUCCCGCACUGGGGCGUCUUGCACUUGGGUGUUUGAAGCUAGACACGGACGGACAGUUUCGGUGAGGCGGCUUCAGAGUUCUCAGGAAAUAAUUACUGCGAACAUUUUAGUCUUGAUGGACAGGCGAGACUGAGGGUGGAACUUGAAGGAUUUUGGCCAGUUUGGAAAAUGAUUACUUUUCUUUUCUGGACUGGCAUGAAAUGGACAUUGACACUACUGAGAGACGUUUUGUACCUUAAAGCUUUUUUACAAAUAUGAUAUGAUCUAGAAGUAGCAUAGAAUACGAUCUACUGAUGGGGACACAUUUGUAUAGCAAGAGAAAGUGUUUACUUUUUUCCUGUACCAUUUGUCAAAGGACUUUCGUGUGCCUUUUUUACUAUUGUCUUUAUAAUAGUUUUUUAUUUAUUGAACACUCUAGUAUGUCUGUGAAAUGUUUUUUUUUCUUAUCUGAAAGAGCAAACUCUUUUUUGUAUGUUAAAAAGAGAACAGUCUUCCAUGUAUUGGGCAAUAGAGAAAUCCAAACAAACGUCGACAAACAACUCUUAGACAGACUCAUCUGAAUAGAGAAACAUAAACACACACAUUAUACGCACAUUUUGUCACAUUGGUUUUCACAACCCGAGCACAAUGUUUUGUGGAUUUCAAACGCUUAUGUUCACUCAUGGUUCAUGUUACAUGUUGCUUUAUAAUUCAGAUGUCGGUCAAUGAUUGUCACACUGAAAUACAUCAUAUAUUUUCAUGCUCCAUCUCUUUCUGCAUCCUGUUUUCUCUUUCUCAUUGUUACGGUCUGCAGACCAUUUGGGGCUUCCUACCUUUUCACACCAAAACUUGACUUUAAAUUCCACCGUGGAUAUGGAAUCCUGCACUUGCAAAUGUGUGGUCAGAUACUCCCUCUAGAAUGUCAGUGUAAAAUCAUUGGGACAUUUGAUUUGUACAAUUUGUACAAUAGGUUAUUCAAGUUCAAAACCCGAUAACCUUCCAUCGAAGACCAGAUCAAAUCAGCAGAAAUAUAAGCAGCGCUAAAAGAAAAAGCUCAUGACACCAAGCUGCUGCGUAGAUCUAUAAUAAAGUCAGAAAUGAAGUCUGACAAGGACAAAAUGCACACCAGUGGUAAAUCUAUUUUUAGCCCACAGGUAUGCUGCAGUCUUAAUAAUCCUGUUCUAUGGAACAGGUCCUGACCCCGGGCCCUUCAGGUGUAACGCCCCCCUGCCCCUCUGCAAUCAGGCCCAGACCAGAUGAUUAAAGGUCCUCUUUCUGAAAGGCGCUCUCAGACCCUCAUCAGCGUCACUAUUCACAUGGUUUACAAACCCUUCUGGGCUCCAUGGACCCACCCCAAAACAAUCAGGUCGGCUAUUUUGUCCUCACCAUAAAAAAGUCACUCGAGUGCUACCCGGCUCAUUGACGUCAAUUCAAUGUUCCCCCUCCCCACGACUGUAUUUAGUUUCGAGGACAGUCAGGUCAUGAGAAUCUGGUGGAAUUGCUGGAUUUAGCACGGCAGACUGUACGCUUUAUAAAAAAUAGAAUAAUAAUUAGGUGCUCUAGUUUUAAAACAAACCAAAAAACACCUAGUUUUGUUUCUGAAAAUAGGUUGAAAAUGGUGUGCAGACCUCACAUUUCCACAACAAUUUUUUAUGGAUGUUUUAGUUGCAUCUAUAAUCACAUCUCCCAUUUCCAUGUUGGUUUACUGAUAUACUCGAAGGUACUUCAUCUAAUUUCACUCCAGCAUGCAUAAGUGGCAAUCGUUUGUGUGCAGUAUGUAAGUAUGGAAGGUUUUGUAUUUGUGUGUGCGUUUGGAUGUGUUGACUUUGUCAUCAAGCCUUACCCCCAUCACUCCACGCCUUUGUCUCUACUGUUUGUCGCUAGGAGCUCAAGUCGGUCCUUUUUGCUGUUUAUAACAGUGUGUAUUUAUUCUAUACUUUAAGUUUGUAAAUAAGAAAUACCGGUUCAGUGUAAAAUCUAUUUUAAUUUAUAUGCACUUGCAUUACCUGGAAGUGGUGGUGUCUAAUGUGUAGAAGGCUCUGGAUUAGAGUCUUUUUAUAUAUGUAUUAUAUAUGUGUUUAUAUACAGUAUAUAUAUACACAUUUAUAUAUAUAUAUAUAUAUAUAUAUAUCUAAGUAUAUAAUCUGCACAAUGUUUUGAGUGCCCAGCAGAGCAGCAGCUAAAGAGACAUAUUGUUGUUGUCACAUUAGAACCUUGUAACUCCAAAAUAGCCUUUUCUAUUUUCACAAAAAAAAUAAAAACAUUAUAUUACGCUUAUUAUGCAUGAAUAUUAAACCAAAAAAGUUUUCACUUUGGCAUCUUAAUUAAUAUCACACUAUUUGUUUGGCAUUUCUGAAAAUGUAAGUUUCUCUCAAUUAAAUUUCAGCUUACAUUUCGUAGAUAAUAGACACAAUUGUACAGAGGACGUCGAAUGUCCUCAUUUUGUUUCUUUCAUAAUUUUUCUGAUGGAAGACUAUUUUCGUCCAACUGAGUUUUUGAAGCUACAAGAUUUGCAUCUGACAGCAGCAAUUUGGUAACCAAGAGGCAACAUAGAGGACAUGUUAAACUGCAUAGGCUUGGAUAUAAGAUACACGCAAGCUAGCUAAGUAACACAGAAGCUUAUCGAUGAUUGGUAUCUUGUCAUAAGCUAAGCUUCUCCAUCCAGCAUUUGAAUGCAGAUUGCUGAUAUAUGAGGCCAGAUACAUACAGGUUUGAAGGACAGACACAAAGCACUCCUUUUACACUUAACCUACUUCAUGUAAAAGUAGAUAACACAGAGACGUAUUGGUAGCAUGCUACAAUACGCCCGACACUGACGUGAAUCGUUCUGAAAUUAACAACAAAACAUGAUCGUAUGUAACUGAUUGUGCUAAUGUGUGAACUCUUUCUGACCAAACUUGUUAGCAGUUUUGAAAUUCAAAUUAGUCAGUAUUAACAUUGUUUAUCUAUGUUCAAGCUUCUUUUGGUCCUAGUUGUGUCCAAUUGGUUAGCCAGAUUUAGCACUAUCUGCAUGAGAGAUGUUUUUUUAUUGUCAAUAAUAUGUUUAAGUCUGCCAGUUGGUGGGUUAUUAAAUGUUUCACACAAUGUAUGGUAUUAUAUUGUAUAUUGUGUUCAAAAAUAAAUCUGAAAUUCUUUUUCUAUUAAGUGAUUAAAAGCAAAGCAUGAAUA